AUGCGAGCCGUUCUCAUGCUAUAUUUUGUGAAUAUUCUGAAUUUUUCCGAUUCAAAUGGAAUCGUAUUAUUUCACGCUUUCACAGUGAUCUCAUACACAACACCACUUUUUGGAUCGAUUUUGGCUGAUGGUUAUAUUGGAAAAUUUUGGUGAGAUUUUAUAUUUAAUAAAUAAAAAAAAUACUGUUAAAACUUUUUAGGACAAUAUUCUCGAUUUCCAUAGUUUACGCGAUUGGUCAAAUCCUUCUUGCUGUAUCCUCUACACUGUCUCCUGAAUUAUCCCUCCAUCCAUGGCUUGAUUUAUUGGGACUUUUGAUUAUUGGGAUGGGAACUGGAGGUAUAAAACCAUGUGUUUCGGCGUUUGGAGGCGAUCAAUUUCCUGCAAAUUACACUCGGAUGAUCUCGAUGUUUUUCUCGAUUUUCUACUUCUCAAUUAACGCUGGCUCAUUGCUCUCGAUGUUUAUUUCUCCGAUGAUGAGAUGUGAGUUUUCAAAAAAUCUUUUCGAAAAAUUUUGAGGUAAAUGUUUCAGCGAUUCCAUGUUUGGGAAAUGACACGUGUUAUCCGCUGGCUUUUGGAAUUCCAGCAAUUUUGAUGAUUGUGGCAACAGUUGUUUUUAUGCUUGGAAGUUUCUGGUACAAAAAAUAUCCACCAAAAGAAAAUGUGAUUUUUCGGGUGGUUCGAACAAUUUUUGUGAGUUCUUUUAACUAAUAACAAAUUUCCAAAUUGAAAAAAUUGCAGAGAGCUCUUCGAGCCAAAAGAAAUGGAAACAGAGCUCAUUGGUUAGAUCGAUCUCUAGAUGAUCAUUCAUGUCAAUCAUCUCGAGAAUGCAAAUCAAAUGGAAAAUGUAGCGAAGAGAAAUUUGUGGAUGACGUAAAAGUGUUGAUUCGUGUAUGCGUUAUGAUGAUUCCGGUUCCAAUGUUCUGGGCACUCUAUGAUCAACAGGGUUCCACUUGGGUUCUUCAAGCGGUGGCUAUGGAUUGCCGGAUUUUUGGAGCGUUCACUUUGUUGCCUGAUCAAAUGGGUGUUUUGAAUGCGUUGCUGAUUUUGGUGUUUAUUCCGAUUUUUCAAUCUGGAAUUUAUCCGGCGAUUGAGAAAAUGGGAUAUAAAUUGACGUGAGUUUGGAGGGAGCAGAGAACAAAUAUUUUACAGCAGCGUGGGAAAAAAUUUCAUUCCAGAAUGCUGCGAAAAAUGGCGGCUGGCGGAGUUCUCACCGCCCUAUCAUUCUUCAUUUGCGGAAUUGUUCAACUUUUUGUCAAUCAAUCUUUGGCCACUCUUCCAGCAGCAAACGAGGCACAUCUAACAAUUAUCAACACAUUCCCAUCGUGUGAUUUUAUGGUUACUGUAAAUGAAAAUGCUCCGUUCCUUUUGCCACAUGGUUUGGGAUUACAUGAUGAUGAUACAAUUCAAGAUCCUGUCAAAUUCCAAUCUGCAAAUUAUUUUCAUCCAAAUAUUUCGAUAACCAGUGAUGCUCCAAAUUGCCCGAAAUUUGCUACGAAAUUAUCGCUUUCUGGAGGGCAGGCUUAUCAAAUGACAUUGACACCAACUGGCUGGACAUAUGGACAAAUGAAUUUGCAAAAACCGAAAAAUGGGAAAGGCGAAUUUGCGGUCAGUUUGAAUAUGAUGAUUCCUUGCGAAAAUUUACCAAAUGAAGUUAGUUGGAGUGGAUGUGAUGGCGAAACUCGAACAAAAGGAUAUCAAGGAACUCUUGGAUUGUGCAAAGUUGAAAGUGAUACCAACAAUGAACAUCCAUGUGAUCCGAGUGCUGAUGGUAAAUUCUACCAAUUUUCGGAUUCUUCGAGACGAGCACUUUAUAUGAAUGAUUAUUUGAAUGGAAAUGGCGGAAAUUUUGGGCAAUCUUAUGAUAAUAUUGAUGUACUUCCUGGAACUUAUCGAUUGUUUUAUGUGAAUUAUACGGUUCCAUAUAAAAAGAUGUCAAAACCAACAGCUUCUCAAACUGUAACUUGGCCUUUAGAUUUACCAGCUGUUACACAAGAAGCAAUGGGAGGAGUUUAUGUGAUAACAAUAACGAAUAAAGAGAAACUUGGAAAGGAUGUUUUGGCUGUUUCGCAAACUAUUGUUCAUCGAAAUCAUAUAAGUAUUCUAUGGCAAAUCCCGCAAUAUGUUAUUAUUACGGCGGGAGAAGUUAUGUUUAGUAUUACGGGAUUGGAAUUUGCAUAUUCGGAAGCAUCGCCGCAAUUGAAAUCGGUGGUUCAGGCGAUUUGGUUGUCGACAACUGCGUUUGGUGAUUUGAUUGAUGUUGCGAUUUUGGCUUUGAAUCUUUUUAGUGAUGUGGUGAGUUGGGGGUUUUCUUUAAAAUGUAUCUCCCAUUCGAAACUUACGGCAAAUUGAAAUUCAUUACAUGAAAAAAAUAUUUGAAAAUAUGAACAGCUUUCAUGUUUAUCGCAAAAUCUUUUUGAAGAGAAAAAAACUUUUUCCAGUCCAAAUUCCGUGAAUUUUUCAUGUUUCACACCAAAAAUUUUCCAACUAACAAUUGAAAAUACAAAUUGAAAAAUAGACCGACGCAAAAAUUAGCGAGACCUCAAAUAGGCAAUUUUCAAAGUUAGCAAGAGCCUCCCACACUUUUGUAAAAAAAAUUUUUUUUUUUUGAAAAUUUUGACUUCCCGCCCAAAUCAAAAUUUUCAUUCGGGCGGGAAAAAACUUUUGUAAAAAAAAUUUUUCUGAAAAUUUUGAUUUUUGUUUAAAAAAAUCGAAAAAAAAGUUAACCGGACCUCAAAAUUUUUCUCGGAGUUAGUCAGCCCGUAACUAUGGAUAAAUCCAGGGAUAAAAUUUGUAUUUAUAUAUAUCUACUUCUACUUUUAUAUUAUUUCCCGAGGUGUCUUUCCGCAUUUUAAGGUCACGUUAUUUCUUGUAUUUUAUAUUGGAGUACUGUAAACAGCACUUUUUGUGUGUAUUUGUGCGUCGACGUGUAUGUGUAAUGGUUCCCCGCGCUGUUCAAACCGUAGUUUUUCGAAUUGAAUUUCUGAAAAAACAGGGAACGGAAGCUCAAGAGAAGGACUAAAUAACUGUUAAGACACCUCAAAACUCAUUUCCAACUGGGUAGCUGUCUUCAAGCUCAAAUAGACACUGUCUGAAACCUGUGCCUAUCUGAGGCCUAAUUCGAAAUGUCCCAACUUUCCAGGCCACUCAAAUGUUUGUAUUUGGCGGAAUUAUGUUAAUUGUCAUUGCACUCUUCAUUCUACUAUCAAUUUACUAUUACGAAUACGCCGAUUAUACAACAAAUGAUGACUCAGAAUCCGAAAAACUGGCCAUUGAAUGA